ACCCGGCCGGGGGGGGGAAACAGGGAAGCUUGGAGAAACUCUUCAGCCGAAACCAAACACAACGACACUUAUUGUGUCCAACUAACAGCGGGGUUUGGACGGGUUAACGUCUCCGGAGCUUUCCAACACGGAGCCGGAGAGUUUGACCGAGGCUGGAAGUCCUCCCGGGCCCGGAAAGUUGACCGUGUUUGGGUGAACUUGUCCCGGGUUGUUGUGGUGGAUGUUAGCGACGACAAAACAGGAGGCGGAAUAAUGUCGGUGCCGCUGUCUCUGUUGUGACCCAGCUCCAUUUUCUCCAGACAGACAGAAAAGUGAGGAUAAAGACGCAAAGACAAGAGAAAUGGCCGAAGCCCGGUCAGAGGAAGAGGAGGAAAACAUGAUGAGGGACACCCGGGAACAAGUGGUACGACGGCAGCCAAACAGCUCCGGAGGUCGUCCUGAGAGACGUAAGCCAGAGCAUCGUCACAGCCAGGGUCCUCUCUCAUCCAUCAGAGCAGCCAUUAAGAGAACCUCCACCAGGUCAACGUCUCUGUCUGAGUCGUCCAGAGACAGAGACAGAGAGCGGGACAGGGACAGGGACAGAGACAGAGACAGGAGGCGACCGGAGAUCACCAUCCUGUCAGCGGAGCCGCUGGCCUCCACAUCCUGGUUCCCUGGAGCUUCUGGAGGAUUCCCACCUCCCCCUCCUCCUGCAGCUCAGAUCUGGGGAUCCUCAAUCCCUCCGUCCUUACAGCCACCUCCUUCCUAUGAGGAGGUUAUCAGGGAGAAGACACAGGAGCAGGUCCUCCUUCCUCCUCCUUCCUCCUCAUCCCCAUCACGUCCAGCUUCUGUAACCAUCGCCACUCAGACUGAACCAGGAUCUGUCCCCGACCCCCAAGACUCGCAGGUGAGAAGACCAGUGAGACCGCCGCGGCCGCCUCUCCCUUACCCUCCCAGACCGUCUCACGUUAAUGACAUCACCAUCACAGCCAGCCAAUCACUCACCUCCCUUAACAGUGUGGUACCAGACACACACGGCGGCGCUCACACACAGUGCUGUGACUUCCUCACUGAGCUUUGCUCGCCGUUGACCUCAACCUCCAGUGCUCAAACGGACACAUGGGAUCGGUCAUUUGUUGCUGCUGACGUGGCAACUCCUCCCACCACUUCCUCUCACGUCCCGCUGGAGCGCCCCAGGCCACGCCCCCGCUCCAGGCUCAGCGCGCCGCCUGUCAGCAGUGACGUCAAAGUUCAGACUUUGGUGAAACUGCGCGACGACGGUUUGGCCACGCUAGCUGCCCACGCAACUACCACCUCAAACCAGGAAGUGAGUCAGGGGAAGUACCUUCAGGAGCUGCUUGAGGCCUUCAGCGCAGACGACUGGGGCUUCCCUGACCGCCGCAGCGACAGCAGUGGGCACAGCCAAUCGGAGAGCGAGGAGGAAGAAGAGGAGGACAUGGCGACCCUGAAAGCGAGGAUACAAGCCUUUGAGCAGCAGCAGGUGGCUGAUACGAGCUGUGGAGAUGACAGAGACUUUGUGGCCACAAAGAGACCUGAACCCCGGCCACGCCCUCGUCUCCAGGGGCAACCAGCCAAAUCCGUCCCCCCUACUGUCGCCCCGAAACCCAAAAACUUUUCACAUGCACCCAAACCCUCCAGCAAGGUGUUCUGGGAGGAUGGUGAGUUGGCAGCAGACUCAGGCAGCGCUGAAACUCCUGCAGAUUCAAACCCUCAAACUGCGACGGAAACCCCGAAACCUGCUCCAGCUGUGGUACCCGACCCCUCCAAAACCCCUGACAAACCCUCAAUAUUACCAAAACCACAGUCUGCUACAGACCCCUUCCUGUCUGCCCCUGUCCCUGCCCCUAGGCCCCCUCCACCCAAACUCACCCCUGCUGUCAGUGAGACUCCGUCCUCAGCCAACCCCAAACCUCCGCCCAGACCUCCAGUCGCCCCGAGGGCCAGCGUAGGAGCUCCACUCCAGGAUAAGAGCACCCCAACUCUGCCCCCGAGGCCGCAUGUGGAGGUCAGCAGUGGAGCACAGACUCAGACAUCAGGAAGUGAGGAGACGCAGGAGGCUGCAAAACAAACUGUCAAAGUAGGAAGUGCUCGUCCAGACAUCCCGACCAAACCAGCAGCACUGACCUCACCACGCAGAGCCAGUGCUCCAAAUCUGGCCCCUAAACCCACAUCUCCAGAUCCAAACCCAGUCCCGCCCAAACCUACAGCUGCUGCCCCGGCCACGGCCCCCAAACCUUCAGGACCGGCUGUGGUUCCGAUUCCAGGCCUCAAACCACCAACUCCAACCCCAGCUCCAAACCCAAACCUAGCUCCAGCUCCGGCUCCAGCUCCAGCUCCAGCUCCAGCUCCAGCUCCAGCUCCAGCCCUGAGGAAAGGCCCCGUGACUCAGACCAAACCAGAAACCUCCACCACUGCAAACCCCACCCCCUCAGACCCUCCUCUCCCUCCACGGCCUUCAAGUGUCAGGCUCCUCCCCCUGCGUCCUCCACCAAUCAAAUCCAUCCCUGGGCGACCUCCGCCACCUUCCGUCGGUUCCACUUUACCAUCCAACCCGACAGCUCCUCCUCCCUCCAGAACUAGUCCCACCCCCUCUGUUCCCCCUGCCAACCUGUCCCCACCUUCACAAACCACUCCAUCCCCUCCUCCUGUGUCAGCCAAUCAGGUGCAGCCUCAAAAGGCACCAAAGAAAGGACCACCUCUGCCCCCCCGCCCCAAACCUGGACACCCUCUCUACAGCAGCUACAUGAAACAGGAAGUCCUGAUCGUCCUGGACGACCCAAGCCCCUCAGAGCACCUGUCAGGUGAGGGGAGGAGUCAAACUGCCGUCAUCAGUCCAUCGCAGUGUCUCCUGGACCUGGACACCCAACCAGAGCCUGCUCCUGAUCAGGACAGCCAAUCAAAACUGUCCUUAGAGGGCCUCAGCCUAUCAGACUCCCAGUCCAUCCUGCCUGUGCAGCCCACUGAGCAGAAAGAGCAGCCCGACCCUCCUCCUGUCAGCGGCCCUCGGUGCAUCGCCUUGUUUGACUACGAGGGAGAGGAGGAGGACGAGCUCACCUUCUCCCAGGGGGAUGUCAUCGCCCUCCUGGAGCUCAUCGGGCAAGAGUGGGGGCGGGGCCAGAUCCACGGGCGAAUCGGAAUAUUCCCCCUGAACUUUGCUGAGGUGGUGGAGCCGCCCCCGCAGCCGGCGUCGUCACCGGGGGAAAAAACAGUGCCAACGGAUACCACAGUGACAGAGAGUACUGCACCAAAGACGUCACAGGACCUCGACUCCAAGGUAAAGGAGUGGGCCGAGGCUCUGUUUGACUUCCCGGGUCAGACUGCAGAGGAUCUUUCCUUCCACAAGGGGGCACUCAUCGAGGUGAUGGAGCACAUCGACGCUGAGUGGAGGAGAGGAAGACUGGAAGGGAGGGAGGGGAUCUACCCUGCUGCCUUCACACAGCCCUGCCAGGCUAAGCCAAUCCAACUCCAGCAGUCGGAGGUUAAAGCAGUGGCCAAGUUUGACUUCGCAGCAGAGAGUGAGGAUGAGCUCACGUUAAAGGUUGGUGACAUCAUAACACAGGUGGAGUUUGUGGAUGAGCAGUGGAUUUUGGGAGUUGUGGGCGGGAAGCGUGGGAUUGUGCCUAAAAACUACAUUUCACUUCUCUGAUGAGGAAAACUUGGAAACAGCCAAUGGGGGAAAACUAGGAAAUAACUUUUUUUCCCCUCAGUUUUCACAGCCGCUCUGUGUGAACAGGUUGGUCGGAGGGUUUUUGAACUGGUGACCUCCCCUCACCUGUGAACACUACAGAGCAUGCUGUGUACACUUAAUUCCAAUGUUUUCCAAAAACUUUCCAGGCAAUGAAACAAAAGCCGCCUGCUCAGUUUUUAUUUGGAGUUUGGAAAUCGUAACUCUGAGAUGCAAUUGGAUCGUCUCUUUGAUUGACAACCAUUGACCUAACGACACCUGGGCAACUGACACCUGCUCAUGAUUGGCAUGGCGACUCAGAACGGGACGUACCUAUGCCGCAUAAUGACGGAGUAAAUCUGAUAUUACACCGUUGAUUCUCAUGUUUCUUCUUCUGCGGUCCGAUUGACUCCGUGGACGAUUUCCCAUCUGGACUGGAUUUGACUUUUUGUCUUUCACUGACUCUUUUUGGUUCAUCAGUCGUGACCGGCCUGCACAUGGACCUGCUUCGAAGAGCAGCUGUUGGACGACUUUCCUCUUUGUGUCUGAUUGCAGAUGUUUAACGCACUGUUGAAAAAUGUUACAUGUCAGAUUUUCAAAUUCAGGCCAACUUGCAGUAUUGAAAGUAGAAAGGUUCGAAGGUUCGAAGUGGGGUUGUAUAUGGUACUUAUUUACAGUCAGUUUAUUACCUACAGUGAGUCGGCACGGCCCUAGUUUAUAGAAGCAGACAGGAGUACCGCCCUGGAAACUAAACAAUGUCCUACUGUUUUAGCCACCUAGAAAAAAUCAAUAUCAGUAUCAAGUGUACGCUAUAUUUAGAACAUUUUCACUGGCUUGACGUUGUGGCCAGACAAACCUUUCCGACAGGGAGCUGAUUGAAUGUGAAACAUAGCCAUGCUUUAAACAAAGCCAGACUCCAUUGACAAAAACAUUAAUUUUACCACACAGAACAAUAGACUGCUACCCCGAUCAGUUUGUUGGUUUGUGUAAUUGUGUGACUUUGGUGUUUUAAAAGGUUUGUUCAGAUUCACCAAAGUCACACAGUAACACAGUCAAUCUAACCAAUCGAAGCGGCGGUAGACCAGCAGCUCUCCUGUACUGUGAGAUAAAAGUACUGUUUCUGUCAGUGGAGUCUGGUGGCGUCAAAGAGAGGUGUUGCCCGCCCCAGUUGCCCCCCAACUUUUGAAAUAGACACCGACACAGAUUGGGUUAAUGUGCCCAGGCACGGUACGUAGUGUUUAGAGUAAUCAAACAUACUGAACUUUGGGGUCAAGUGCACUCAGAUCCUGGCCUUCAACUGAUAUUGAUUUAUUUAGGUGGCUAAAUGUUGCUGCAGCUGACCGCCAUCUACUUUAUGUAAUACACUGACUGUAGUUAAGUACCUCAUACAACCCCACUGCAAAUAAUCCGAACUAUCUUUUUAACACAGACUUUUAAAAAUAUGCGUCAGAUACAUUUUCAAAAUCAGGCCAACUUGCAGUAUUCAAACUGGAAAGCUUGCGAGGUUCAGAGAGGAGGACUAAUUCACUCUAAUCAGUUAAAACUCACAUUUAUCAUUAACAUAGUGAAGAACGCUAUUCUCAUCCUGAGCCAGAGGAGAUCAGAAAACUGAAUAAAAACUGAGUAAUGUGUAGCUUUAAGCCGAUCGACGAGUCGAGUGUGAGCCGCAGACAGGAUGUUUUUCCGCUGAUGCCUCCUGAGAGUAAACACCAGCUCUGCUUGCUCAAUGAUUUUAACAUGUAGCGCUCAGCGAUCUGAGGGCCCAAAAAUAGCCACUUUUAAGACAGGAAGUCGUAGGACGUUGUCAGUGUAGGUAAAAGUAACUGUCAGAAUGUUUAAUUUUGUGACACUGUAGGAGCCUGUAGAUAUUUAUAAAGGUUUAGUUUUUUUUGUUGCACGUUUUUGCUCAUCCACUCUUAUAACAAAGCUUUUUUUUUAAUGUUUUACAUCCCCAACACUUGGACGUAUGAACCAGAUCACUUUACAUAAAGAACACUAAAGCUGGUUUUGAUCUGUCAUCUAGAAACUGAUGAUACAUCACCGCUCAACAUUUUUCCAAAGCUUGUUUCUAACUUGAGAGCUGAAUGUUUGUGGCUGUUUCGCCAUCCUGAUGAAGUCAAAAUAUCCCAGUGAACGAAACACGAUGAACUGGAGAAGAGUUGUGCCAUGAUUUGGAAAACAGUUGGCAGUAAUGUAACGUAUACACCGAUCAGCCACAUUAAAACCACUGACGUGACAGGUGAAGUGAAUAACAUCGAUCAUUUCAUUACAAUGCAAUGUUCUGCUUGGAAACCUUUGGUCCUGGCAUUCAUGUGGAUGCGCCUUUACACACUCCACACAUCUAAACAUUGUUAUAGACCAAGUACCCCCUCUCAUGGCAGCAGUACCCCCGAUGGCAGUAGCCCCUCAGCAAGCCACAGUAGCCAGUAGCCACACUGCAAAAACUGCUCAGGAAUGGUCCAAGGAACGUGACAAGGACCAUAAGACGUCGAUCUAGCUUUCAGAUUCCCCAGAUCCUGAUCUGAUCAAGCAUCUGUGGGGUAAACCAGUACUCCAAAGGUCCUUUGUCCGGGCCUGGAUAGGUCAGAGCCAAGUAUGAUCUAUGAUGGAGCCUCUGACCUGUCGAGGCCCGGACAAAGGACCUUUGGGGUUGUCCUGUGUUGUCUGGUACCAAGGCAUUGUCAACAUAUCCUUUGAGUCCCGUGGGUUGUGAGGUAAGGUACCAGCAUGCCCAAUGGAUGUUCGAUCGCAUUGGGAUCUGGGGAAUUUGGAGGCCAGGUUGACGCCUAGAGCUCUUUGUCACGUCCCCCGUGCCAUUCCUGAGCAGUUUUUGUGGUGUGGCAUGGUGCAUUGUCCUGCUGGGCGGGUGGUGCAUGUUAAGUGGCAUCCACAUAAAGGCCAGGAUUCAAGGUUCCUCAGAAGAGCAUUGAAUUGUAACAAAAUGAUUAAUGUUAUUCACUUCACCUGUCAGUGGUUUCAAUGUUUUGGCCGAUAGGUGUACGUGGGUUUCAUUCAACAGAUUUAAACAAGCUAAACUAAAACUUGACACUAGAAGAGCAAGUGGCUCAAUAAAAGCAAACAAACCUGGAUUAAGAAGAUAUUUUGAAACUUUUAUACAAUGUUAUUAAGAUAUUAAAAAUAAGCUUUACAAAAGUUGAAAAAUCACAUUCGGUAUUUUAAGAUGUCAUCAUAAAACAUGUUUAAAGUUUAUAAUAUUUAAACCUAAAGGUCAUAUAAAUACAUAACUUGCACAGAGUGAACCAGGAAGUGAAAGUUGUAACAGCGAGGAACUAAAAAACAAUUUCACACUCACUUUGGUUCAGGUUUGAUUUCCUUCAGUUAAACAGUAUCUUUAGGCGAUCUUGCACCAUCCUGCACCAACAAUAGGAAGAGUGUUUUCAUAACAGCAUUAUCGUACCGAACUCUUUCACAGAUACAAAGCUCUGGCUGUAUUUUUUUUAGAUGUACUGUACUAUGGUCUUUUCUCUUUCACUGUUUUCUCAACAUGUUUCCUGAGUUAAAACACUACAUCUCAAAAAAACAAAAACAGCAUCUCACGUUUCCAGACUGAAUAUUUACUCAUCAACUAAAACUCAUUGGUGUUUUAUUAAAGAUAAAAACAUGGAGGAUUUUUCUCUCUAAAUGUGCUGUCAGCAAAUCAGCAGUGAUGAUGAUGAAUUUUUCUUUGUUAGACUAAAGUUUGUAGUUACAGGACCUGUGUAACCAGGGGACUUCAUGUGAUUCAGAAAUAACUCCCCAGGUCUGUGUUUGUGCAGCACAUUCACACAGGAUCAGUUAAAUCUGUAUUUUACUCAGAUUCACUGACAUUAUCUGGAGGAUAUGAUGCCCACACUCAAUUUAACUCCACUACACAACACAGAAAUACGACGAAGCACAACCAGUGGUCAUGUACGGUGUUAACCUCCGUUUUAUGCCUCUGUGCUGGCGACAGCUGAGGCAUAUUUGUCCGUUCAUCCUGUUCUUGUGAACGCGAACACCUUGAGGGAAUUUCUUAAUUUGGCACAAACGUCCACUCGGACUUUAAUGAUGAUCUGUUAGAUUUUGGUGGUCAAAGUUCAUGCUCAGUGUGACCUUGUCUGCCUCAUUCUUGCGAACACAAUUUCUCAGGACCACCUUGUGGGAAUUUUUUUCAAAUUUCAAAACAGUUUUGGUGGUUGAAGGUCAAAGGUCACUGUAGCAUUGAUUCGAUUUUGGUGGUCAAAGAUUGAAGGUCAGUGUGACCUCCCAAAACAUGUUUUUGGCCAUAACUCAAGAAUUCAUUCACUAAUUAUGACAAAACUUCACACUAAUGUCUAACAGGAUAAAAUAAUGAAGUGAUGACAUUUUGUAUCCAAAAGGUCAAAGAUCAACUUCAGUUUGACAUCAUAAAACACUUCUCUGGUCAUUAUUAAACGUCAUAUCUCAGGAACAGAAGGGGAGACAUUUGGUCAGUUGGUGACACUGAUCUUGAAACUGUGCUGAUUGUAUUGAUCUUCUGUGUGUGAAGCUUCCAUAUUUUCACUGACAUGGAUGUUAACUAUCAGUGCACCUUUUGGUGGUUAACGGAGGUGUACAACUGUCAUUCAGUAAUUUUAGUUUUCUUUUAAAUGUGGGUUAAACAAACAGAACGCAGCCUCCAUAAUUCUCUAAGUGACGCACGAAGAAAACAAAAACUUAAAUACAAUCUUAAAUGUCUGACAUAAUGAUUCAUAUACAACUAAAAUUAUCACGACCUCUGCAUUUAUAUAUAAUAUGGUAGGUAAUUUGUGGUGGAAUUUUCAUUUGACAAAUUAUGGAAAUGGCAGAUUACCACAGGCUUAAACUCACAGACGACCUCGGAUAUUAUUACAAAUCACAGGAAGUCCCCAGUUAAUACUGUUAGCGUGUGAACAGGGCUAUCAGAUAAGAAACAAGAACAGAUUUGGUCAUUUCUUUACAGUCAUGAAAGAGACAUGGGGAACUGUUCACAUGAUAUAUUUGUAAACUGAAAAAUUUUAAUGUAGGAAAUGCAGAUGUGUCACUAUUUUUUGCACUUUGCAGUCACUGUAUUUAGCUGUCUGUUAAAAUCUCACUGGACGAUUGGGUAAGUGCACUCAAGAGGGAGAAGUAAACAGUUUUGGUAUCACUCAGUAUUUUUACGGGAAGUCUUUCGGUGUCAUUACAACUAAUCUGGUGGCAGCUCGUCAAGAAAGGAAAUCUUCCAUGUGGCGUCUUUAAGACUAACUUGCGUGUGAGUGAGAAAGACACACAAUGAAAGAGGUUUAUAAAGUGCUUUGUCAGAGAUAUUUUGUGUAUAACCAAACAUUCCAACUUUUUAAUUCAAAUAAAACUUUCAGACUUUUAA